AUGCUCAGGUGGACCAGAGACGGAGGCCCUCUUCCUGUCUUGGACUUUAAUUUCAAGGAUAUGGAAGGUAUUAAGACAAUUCUGUCAGAGGAGGAGAAGGCAGCCUUCAAGCCUGUGCCCAGUCUACUGAAGAAAGGCCACGCCAGCUUUCACCAUGCCCUGUCAGUGCAUGGCUCUUAUGGAAACAGGUCCGAUGGUCCAAGACGUGCUGCAGUAUUAAACUAUUUUGCUGACGGCGUGCUUAGCAACACUGAUGACUUCAUGAUCAGAGCAACAAGUGGGACAGAUACUGAUGAAAAUAUUGUUGAGGAACUCCUGAAUGAGGGGAAAAUUCCAAAGGGCAGCAAGAUGGAAGGGCAGUUCUUCCCCCUGGUAUAUGACCCAGCCUGGGGAGCAUGAAAUACAACUAACAAUGAUAGAACAAUAUGAUA